GGAUCAUGGACAAAGAAUAAUGGGUGAGAGAUGCCCAUCCUUUGUGGAUCUACGCGGGCCUAGAUUUGAUGUGGGAGCAGAGUCUGACACUGCAGUGAGGCUGGUCUGGGGUCGUUGGAGACCCACCACUCGUCGAUGAUGCCCUCUUAUCACAUACUUACAAGCACUGGUAAUCAUGGGACUGCUAUGAGCUAUGCAAAAAAAGGACCGACACCGACGUCCUAGGUACUACAUAUGUUCUAGACCGACUCCCGAGUUCUCGAAUUGCUGCAAAGACCUCGUGGCUCGGCUCUGCAAUACUCUUCCCCAGGGGCCGCAAAGGUUCACUGAAACCUUUGUCAGACCAGAAAGACGUUCGAUUCUGAGCUGUUCCUGAUUUGUCAACUCGGUAGGUAGUCUGCGCUUUAUUGAUUGGGGGUUUGUAUUAUUGGUAUUAGAAUCCAAUGAGCCAGACAUAUUGCCAGAUUCCCGUGAUAAGAUACAUUGCCUUCGGCUAGCAGUGGACUCCAGCCGGACAGACGGUUCAGGGUAUUUAAUAUCUCAGAAGUAUUUAAUAUCCGGCCAGGCGGGUAAGACGCCCACGAACUACGAAGUAUCUCAAGUAAGCCUCUUUCGCUACCGAGAUCCAAUUAUUAGAAACUAGCUACAGUAGCGUAACAGACCCUUUUCAACAUUCUUUGCAGCUACCUCAUGUCCACUGGUAGUUAUAACUACUCUCUACCAAUACCACAAUGGCGAGACAGAAGCAUACACAUAACUUGAAGAGUAGGACAUCUUACAACCACAACGAGCAUGUAGACUACUAUGGCUCGACAGCCACGACGUCGGCGGAUUUCGCUGGCUUCGUGGAUCCCAUCAUGGAUGGGUCAGCUAUCUUCGACGAGUUGUCCCACAAAAGUCUCUACUGGAUCGAUGACACUGAUUCUUCGCGGAAUCGUAUCAAUGGAGACGAAGCACCAGUAACGUCUAUACAACAUAUAUCAGGAAACAUGGCGUCGGUAGACCCUUAUCCAAAUGCUCUGGAUAAGCUGAGCAGCGGGAUGUCAGAUUUCUUAAGCAAUCAGAGUACGGACGACCGGUCAAUGGACCGGAAUGGAAAACACCGGUGUUGGGACCACGGAUGCAACGGACGCGAGUUUUCAUCCAAGAGCAACUUCGUGAGGCACGUAAAGGAAAGAUCAGGAGCCAGCACCAAGGGUGUCUGUCCCCUAUGCGGGGCGAUUUUCACGCGGAACUCUGCCAGAGAUACACACCUGGCCAAGCAGAGCUGCAACAGGAUCCGUCGAUAUUCCAAUGGUCGACCUCGUCCCAGCCGGCUUGCAGUCUUGGGUAAUCCCCGCUUAGCAGCAGCAGCAGCGGCAGCCACCCAAGAUAUUCAUUGGCAGGCGGUGGACUGGGGCGCGGGCGCCAUGGGCGACUCAGAAGCGGCCGGAUUCCCACCUCCGAACUGAUGCCUACCGCAGGGCGCGUAAGGCGAGACAACUCGUAGGUACUGUAUUGGUUGGUUGUAUUGGUAGUUAGAUGGGAACGCCUAGGUACGAAUAGGCUCAGGCGAAGUUAGGAGGCAAACUGGUUAUACCCCCUGUCAUUGAAGAUCCGUCGUGGAAUUCGGGACAGAUACAUACGCAUAUGAGAAUAUGAGCAUAUGAGAAUAUGAGACUAUGAAAAAGCGGCGCUACGUACAUUGUCGGUUACAGUAGUAGGCGCAGAUCACGAUCACAUCAAGAUAAUAAGAAUAAUUCCAUCGA